AUGCUGGGCGCGCGCACUGCCACCGAGGGUGCUUGGUAUCUGGCAUCAGUCGGCUUCGUGCUGGCUUCUUGCUAUACUGUUGUACUGGCCAUCUAUCGUCUGAAUUUCCACCCCUUAGCAAAAUUCCCCGGUCCCAGAACCAAUGCAAUCAGCUCACUGCCGUCUAUUUACUCGCUCUUGCGCGGUCGAUUGGGGUUCGAUAACAAGAAACUGCACGACAAGUAUGGCCCCGUCGUGCGAGUCUCGCCAAACGAGCUAUCGUUCAACUCAGCCCAGUCUUGGGAAGAUAUUUACGGAUUCAAGACUGGCGGACGCAAGAACAUGCACAAGGAUCCAAUUCACGUCGGUUCAGUGGACCCCUUGCCGGGCGCUUCGACCCUGACGAUGUCUGACGAUGCCAAUCACUCACGACAACGACGAGCACUCUCGUAUUCUUUCUCGGAGCGUGCGUUGAAGGAUCAGGAGUAUAUAAUCCAACAUUACGUCGACAUCCUGAUCACCAAGCUGAAGGCCAAGGCCGACCAGGGGGAACACUUCAACCUGGUCAACUGGUUGAACUUCACCACCUUCGACAUCAUCGGUGAUCUGGCCUUUGGAGAGCCCUUCGGGUGUCUGGACUUGGGCGCAUUCCACUCCUGGGUUGCUCUGAUCUUUGAGACAGUCAAAGUCGGUGCCCUGGAGCAGGCAACCCGGCGAUUUGCUGAGGCAGGCUCGUGGACACAGUCUGUCCUACUGAAUAUGAUCCCAGAAUACAUGAGGAAGAGACGCCGCGAUCACUUGUCCCUCAGCAAGGAUAAGGUCGAGCAACGGCUUCGAAACGGAGGAACGGACCAUGUGGACUUUAUCUACUAUAUCCUGCGACAGCGGGAGAAGUACGACCUGCACGACAACGAGAUCAUUCUCAACAGUGCUCUGUUCAUUGUUGCCGGCAGUGAAACCACGGCGAACCUGCUGUCAGGCCUCUUUGCACGGCUGCUGCGAAACACAGACAAGAUGCAGAAACUCUACGCUGAGGUGCGUUCAACGUUCCAGAGCGAGGACGUGAUCAACUACGAAACCACCAGCCAGCUGCCCUAUCUCAACGCGUGUCUGGAAGAGGGACUACGCAUCCACCCUCCAGUGCCGGUCGGGUUGUUGCGCACUGUGCCCAAGGCUGGCGAUACGAUCGAUGGCCACUGGAUCCCUGGCGGGACUUCUGUCUCGACAGGUGGAUGGGCUGCGUCACACAACCCAGCCAACUUCAGCAAGUGUGACACCUUCAUCCCUGAGCGCUGGCUGGAUGGUGCAUCUGGAGCCUUUGCGAACGAUAUAAAGAGCGGGAUGCAGCCUUUCUCGCUGGGCCCUCGGGGCUGUAUUGGAAAGAAUCUCUCUUACAUGGAGAUGCGCAUCAUCUUGGCGCGACUGGUGUGGAACUUUGACAUUGUCAGUACCGACGGGGUAUGGCAGUGGAGUCCUGAGGGCGAGAUGAAACAUAUGAAGGCGUUUACGACGUGGCAGAAGCCCGAUCUCAAUGUGCGAGCGAUAAGGAAGCAGGGGGCUGGUGGGCGGACUGCCAGCUCGUAUACAGCAAAGACGCAGGCGGAGAGGUUAGGAGAGAAGGUUUAA